AUGCCUAUUCCUAAUGGCCUUACUUGGUCACUAAGGAAAAUAUGUCAAUACAGAGAGGUGUUCAUACAAAAUGGAGGAUUUGGUCAGUUUGUUACAGCAGGAAAGUUCAGAAUACAGAAAAUAUACAAACACCUGCAUGAUGGGGGAGCUCAUGUUGAGUGGAGAAAAUUCAUUUGUAACAACAAGGCCAGACCAAAGAGUACUUUCAUUACUUGGCUUGUUGUACAGAACAGGAUCUUAGCAUCUAUAGGGGGUUACAAUGCUGGCAAGAGGAAUUUAGAUGGGCUGCAAAGAAAAGCAAAAGCUCCAGGAAGAACGAUGUCAUCUAUAGCAUGGCGUUCACUGAAACUGUGUAUGCAGGCAUUUUAUGUAGGAACGUCCUCACUAGAAGAGCUAGCGAGCAUAGAAAAAUGUUGCACCUUUCGUGGUAGCUUGGCAAAACUAAACGCUGAAACAGGUAAAAUCCUAUGGCAAACCUAUAUGCUACCAUAUAACAAAGGCAAAAGAGGAGAGUACUCAGGUGCAGCUAUAUGGGGUAGCAGCCCUUCGAUCGAUGUGUCGAGAAAACUUGUCUACAUUGCCACAGGGAACCUGUACUCGGCUCCAGAUUGUGUCGAGGCAUGCCAAGAAAGAGAAAACAACCAGACUAUCCCUACACAAUCAGAGGAGUGUAUAGAGCCUGAAAACCAUGAGAACUCUAUUUUGGAAUUAGAGUUGGAGACUGGAAAUAUUAAGUGGUACCGUCAGUUAGGAGGGUAUGAUGUAUGGUUUGCUAAAUGUAUGAAUCUUUUAACCCCUAAUUGUCCUCCGGGGCCUAACCCUGAUGCUGAUUUUGGCGAGGCCCCAAUGUUGUUGAGUGUGGAGGUCAAAGGGUGUCCAACACGAAGACUAGAUGUUGUUGUUGCUGUUCAAAUGAGUGGGAUUGCUUGUGCUUUGGAUAGGGAUACUGGGGACAUCAUUUGGAUCACGGAGGCUGGAACAGGAGGCAUGAAGGGAGGAGCCAUAUGGGGAGCCGCUACAGAUGGAAGAAGAGUAUACACCAACAUUUCCAAUAGUGACUUCAAGAAUUUCACUCUUAAGCCCUCGAACAUAACCACAAAAGCAGGAGGAUGGGUGGCCAUCGAUCCUCGAGGUGGUGAAAUCUUAUGGACCACUAACACUAGCGACGGUGUUAGCUUCGGCCCUGUAACGAUAGCUAAUGGUGUUGUGUUCGCCGGAUCGUACGAUAAGCAAGGUAAUAUAUAUGCAAUGGAUGCCAAGACAGGGGUUGUUUUGUGGUCAUAUGAGACUGGAUCAGAAGUAUAUGGGGGUGUAUCAGUUGGUGAUGGCUGUGUAUAUGUUGCUAAUGGUUAUUGGACUGCUGGAAAGUCAUUGUUUCCAUUCUGCAUUUGA